AUGAUGGGAAUGGCGGCUCUGCGUCAAAGAGAGACUCCAAUGAUCGAACAAAGGACAGGGAAUCUAAGCAUUAGAUAUAGAAGAUUCUUGGGGAGGCCAACUUAGAAGGGAAAUGGGUCUGACUAGCUCUGGUUUUUCUCUCUAUAAACUACGCUUAUUUUUUAUGAAAGUUUCAUCCUUUUCUUUUUCUUUAACGAAUCACUUUUAUUAAUUUUCAUCUAAUAAAUGAAAUUUCAAUUGAAAGCUCCAAAGAACCCAAAUUUUUGCAGCUCAAGUGCCCACCAGGCACCAACUAAAUACCCUGUCUUAUUCUGAUUCCAGAUGCUGAUUAGUGUUUUCUAGUGCUUUUCUUACUUGUUUCCACUAAUUGUUUGCUUAUGAAACACUUGAGCUUAUGAUGAUCUUCGCUUUCUUGUUUCAUAAAAUCUCUUAAGAGGUAUGUAAUUAAAUCCUUUUUCGUUUUAGUUCUAAAAUUCCACAACCUUCGUUUCUUUCAGUUCCAAAUCUUCAAUUUUGUGUUUUUACCCUUGCGUUUAAUCAGCACUCUUUUUUUUUUUUUUUUUUUUUUUUCUGUGAAGGCCCCAAUCACAAAUUUGCGUUGUUCAUUACUGUAUUCCCUUGGAAUAUUGGUUCUAGUUUCAAACCCAGUAUUUAUUUAUGCAUUUUUUUUUUCACGGUGUUUUCUUUUUCGAGCCAUUGUUCUUAACAUAAAUGUGAACAUGCUUGAAUCAUAGGCCUCGAUGUCAAUCGUCUGUGGCCUUCCAAUCGUUGAAUGUCUGUAUUGCUUGGCAUGUGCUCGUUGGGUGUGGCAGAAAUGCCUGUAUAAUGCAGGACAUGAAAGUGAGAACUGGGGCCUAGCCACAGCUGAAGAAUUUGGGCCUAUUCCCCGCCUUUGUCGCCUAAUUCUGUCUGUCUAUGAAGAUGAUCUUCGAAACCCACUUUGGGCACCCCCAGUAGGCUAUGGCAUCAAUCCUGAUUGGAUCGUUUUGAGGAAAAAUCAUGAAGAAACAGGAGGACAUGUAACUCCUUAUUUGAUUUACCUUGAUCAUGAAAAUGCUGAUAUAGUUUUGGCUAUUAGAGGGCUUAAUUUGGCAAAGGAAAGUGACUAUGCUGUUUUGCUUGAUAAUAAAUUGGGUCAGACUAAGUUUGAUGGUGGUUAUGUGCACAAUGGGCUAUUGAAGGCUGCAAAAUGGGUUUUUGAUACAGAAUGUGAGGUUUUGAGGGAUUUGGUUGAGAUGAAUCCAGAUUAUAAAUUGACUUUUGCAGGGCAUUCUUUAGGGGCAGGAGUGGUGGCACUGAUGGUGAUAUAUGUAAUUAAGAAUAGGAAUAGAUUGGGGAAUAUUGAGAGGAAGAGGAUCAGAUGCUUUGCCAUGGCUCCAGCUAGAUGCAUGUCACUGAAUUUGGCUGUGAGAUAUGCUGAUGUUAUCAAUUCUGUUGUGUUACAGGAUGAUUUCUUACCACGGACUACCACUGCUUUGGAAGAUGUUUUCAAAUCACUUUUAUGUUUGCCUUGUCUACUAUGCCUAAUGUGCUUGAAGGACACGUGCACUCUUGAGGAGAAGAUGCUUAGAGACCCAAGAAGGCUUUAUGCACCUGGCCGCCUGUACCACAUUGUUGAGAGAAAGCCCCUCAGGAUAGGAAGAUUUCCCCCAGUUGUCAGGACAGCAGUCCCUGUAGAUGGGAGAUUUGAGCACAUAGUUCUUUCGUGUAACGCAACCUCUGACCAUGCCAUUCUGUGGAUAGAGAGGGAAUGUCGAAGGGCUCUUGAUGUAAGUUCCUGUCUUUAUCUAGGCAGGAAACAUUUCCAAGUAGCUGAGCAAAUGACUUGUCAGAUUUUAAUAGUACUGAUUGCUGCCACUGCUGCUCUGCGUCAAUUGAUGAGAUUUACAUUUGAUGCUGGAGAAAGAUCAGAUCAUGAGGAUUCCAGCACAGCAGCAGAUGGAGCGACAGGAAUUUAUAGCACGAGAACAUAGUGAGGAGUAUGAGGCAGCUCUUCAGAGAGCUGUUGCUUUAGACAUUCCACAAGCCUACUCAUCUUCUCCAUAUGGAACUUUUCAUGUAUUGGAAGAAGGGGAGACUUCUGGCAGCUCAAGUGGAGGAAUUUCAUUAUUGUCAUUCAAGAAAAUAAGGGAACGUUGGGAUAAUUUUAUAGACCGUCUUUUUGA